CAACAUGGCAGAGUCGAAGACUGCUUCUCCCGACCAUUAUUCUAUACCUAGGGAUGAUGAGGAAGGGUUGACAAUCGAACGCGAUUGGACAGAAGAAGAGGAAAGGAAGGCCAAAUGGAAGUCACUCGACCGUGGGAACAUUGCAAACGCCAUCACCGACAACCUCAUGAAGGACGUCGGCAUUGUCCAGAAUCAAUUCAACGUCGGUCAGCAAAUGUUGUCGCUUGGCAUUGUCCUUUUUGAGAUCCCUUCCAACAUGAUUCUGUACCGUGUUGGUCCUGGAAAAUGGUUGACACUUCAACUCUUCCUCUUUGGGAUCGUUAGUACUUUUCAGGCCUUCCAGAACAACUAUGCAUCUUUCAUUGCGACUCGCUUCCUUCUUGGCUUGACCGAAUCUGGCUUCAUACCUGGUGGUCUGUGGACCAUAUCUACAUGGUAUACGAGAAGAGAGACAGCCAAGAGGGUCAUGGUAUUUUACUUUGGCAAUCAAUUCGGCCAGGCUUCAGCCAAACUCCUUGCAUACGGUAUUCUUCAUAUGCGUGGAGUAGCCGGCAGGCCUGGUUGGUUUUGGUUGUUCGUUCUUAUGGGUGGCUUUACCUGCUUCUGUGGUUUCAUCUUCGGCUUCUUUCUUCCCGACUCUUUCCGCAGUCCCUGCUCGACUUNNUUCUUGCCUGGGCGUGCAUUAUUCACACCCAGAGAAAUCCAUAUCCUCAGGAAUCGCGUUUUGCUCGAUGACCCCGCAAAGGGGAAGAAGAAGAAGAGGAUUGGUUUGACCGCGUUCAAGAAGGCUUUUAGCAACUGGCGCAUGUGGGUGCAUUUCCUCAUCACAUUGACCAACAACGGUCCCCAACGUGCUUUCGAUACAUACGCGCCCUCCAUCGUCAAUGGCUUUGGCUUCGGAGGCUUGUCUGCAAAUGCCUUAGCAGCUGUGGGUCUGUUUUUACAGAUCCCCGUCUCUUACACAUUCAGCUAUGUCUCGGAUCACNUUAAGUUCAGUUCACGACGUGGUGAGACACUUGUGGCAGGUUUGAGUCUGCACCUAUUUGGCUACGUCCUCAAUCGCAUCUUUACCGAAAUCGACAAUCGCGGUGUCCGCUACUUUGGUGUAUCAGAGACUGGUUCAGAGACACACGGCGAUGGUGUGCUCAGGGCUUCCGUUCCUGCUGAUGAACAGCCAAAGUUGGUCGCAGUGAGUGAGCGAAAGCUGGCGUCGACCAGCGCCCGUGCC